GAUUGGUCGAGGGCCGAGCUGAGCCAAUGGCCGACGUGGUUGCUGCAAAGUCCAUUGCGAAGAGAAAGCGUGAGGGGCUGGGCCUGCAGCGGGCUUUAGGGAGUGGUCCCUGGCUGUGGGUAGAUCUGCUGCUGAGUCCAGCCCCUGGUCCAUUCUCCUCGCGCUGCAAGGAUGCUCCUGGGAUUUCGGAGAGGCCGCAGGAGCCAUUUCAAACACAUCAUCCAUGGCCUUUUACCUGCAGCCAGCGUUGCUCCGAAGGCAGCUGUGCCACGCACACCUCCUCCCCGCAGCCCCAACCCGUCUCCAGAGAGACCAAGAUCUGCUCUGGCAGCAGCCAUUCUGGCAACAACAUUGACUGGGCGGACGGUUGCUAUUCCUCAGCCUCGCCAGAGAUCCCGGUCUGAGAGUGAUGUGAGCAGUGUUGAACAGGACAGCUUCAUCGAGCCCUAUGCCACCACCUCACAGCUGAGGCCUCGACCAAAUUGGCAGAGUGAGAUGGGAAGAAGAUCUUCUUUGCCAUCCUUUGAAACACUGGACUAUGGGGACGAAGAGGACAUUGAAACUCAGCUGUCAUCCAGCGGCAAGGAAUUGGGGGAUGUCAGUGCCCGGGAGGACAGAGGAGGCCACAGUGAUGACCUGUACGCUGUGCCACACAGAAAUCAGGUGCCAUUGUUACAUGAGGUGGACAGUGAAGACGAUGAAAAUAUUUCUCAUCAGGAUGGGUUUCCAGGCUCCCCUCCUACACCACAGCGGACACAACAAAAAGAUGGUAAACACCCUGUUCUGAAUUUAAAGGAUGAAAAACCUCCAUUAUGUGAGAAACCUCCACCUUCCCCAGAUAUAACUGGUAGAGUACGUCAAAGAUAUACAGAAAUAACCAGAGAAAAGUUUGAGGCAUUAAAAGAAGAAAAUAUGGACCUAAACAAUAUGAAUCAAAGCCUUACCCUUGAACUAAACACAAUGAAACAAGCAAUGAAAGAACUACAGUUAAACCUUAAGGGAAUGGAAAAAGAGAAGAGAAAGCUCAAAGAGGCUGAGAAGGCGUCGUCACAGGAAGUUGCUGCACCUGAAUUACUUUAUCUGCGAAAACAAGCUCAAGAACUGGUGGAUGAAAAUGAUGGAUUGAAAAUGACUGUCCAUCGUUUGAAUGUAGAACUCAGUCGAUAUCAGACAAAAUUCAGGCAUUUGUCCAAGGAAGAGAGCUUAAAUAUUGAAGGCCUCCCAUCCAAGGGCCCUAUACCACCCUGGUUGUUGGAUAUAAAGUACCUGUCACCAUUGUUGCUGGCUUAUGAAGAUAUGAUGAAAGAGAAGGACGAGCUCAAUGCCACCCUCAAGGAGGAAAUGAGAAUGUUUAGGAUGCGAGUCCAAGAAGUGGUGAAAGAAAAUGAAGAAUUGCACCAAGAGUUAAAUAAGAGUAGUGCUGUUACCAGUGAGGAAUGGCGUCAGCUUCAGACUCAAGCAAAACUGGUUUUAGAGGAAAACAAGUUGUUGCUGGAGCAGUUGGAGAUUCAGCAAAGGAAAGCCAAGGACAGCCACCAGGAGCGCCUCCAAGAAGUUUCUAAGCUGACUAAACAACUAAUGCUCCUGGAGGCGAAAACCCAGGGCCAGGAAAAGGAGCUGGCAGAGAACAGGGAACAGCUGGAGAUUUUACGUGCCAAAUGCCAAGAACUCAAAACACACUCGGAUGGCAAAAUCGCAGUGGAAGUUCAUAAAUCAAUUGUGAAUGAAUUAAAAAGCCAAUUACAGAAGGAAGAAGAGAAAGAAAGGGCUGAGAUGGAGGAGUUGAUGGAGAAGCUGACAGUCCUGCAAGCGCAGAAGAAGAGCCUGCUGUUAGAGAAGAACAGUUUGACAGAGCAAAACAAAGCACUGGAAGCCGAACUUGAACGAGCACAGAAAAUCAAUAGGAAAUCUCAAAAGAAAAUUGAGGUCCUCAAAAAGCAGGUUGAAAAAGCCAUGGGGAACGAAAUGUCUGCUCAUCAGUACCUGGCAAACCUUGUUGGCCUGGCAGAAAAUAUAACCCAGGAACGUGACAGUCUUAUGUGUUUGGCAAAAUGUUUAGAAAGUGAGAAGGAUGGAGUGCUUAAUAAAGUCAUAAAAAGCAACAUUCGCCUGGGAAAGUUAGAGGAAAAAGUCAAGGGCUACAAGAAGCAGGCAGCACUGAAGCUGGGGGACAUCAGUCACCGUCUGCUGGAGCAGCAGGAGGACUUCGCCGGCAAGACAGCCCAGUACCGGCAGGAGAUGCGGCACCUGCACCAGGUGCUGAAGGACAAGCAGGAGGUGCUGGACCAGGCGCUGCAGCAGAACAGAGAAAUGGAAGGUGAACUUGAAGUUAUUUGGGAAUCUACCUUCAGGGAAAACCGAAGAAUCCGAGAACUUCUCCAGGACACACUCACGAGGACAGGCGUGCAGGACAACCCCAGAGCUCUGGUGGCCCCCAGCCUCAAUGGCGUCUCUCAGGCAGACCUGCUGGAUGGCUGCGAUGUCUGCUCCUAUGACCUGAAGACUCUUGCCCCCACCUGCCAGAAUCUGCAGGAGCCCGUGGUGUAGGCUCCUCUGGCCUGAAAGGUCUGCCUCACACAGGCCUUCCCUGCAGGGCAGCCCAUGGUGGCAGCCGGAGGUGCGUAAGCCCACUGAACGCUGCGGGGCAGGGAAGAAAUAAAUGGUCUCAGAGUUUAA